ACAUCGAUACCCCAAGUUAGUUCUUGAUAUACAGCAGUGCUGUUUUGUCUGUCGCCUCCACCUUUGACGCCACCGGAAGCUGUUCUUGAUUCAGGAACGCUUCGUCAUUCCCUCAACCUUACAUCGGAUCAUCGCUACCCGUCCACCAAGACCGACGACUAGGUUCGCCUGUAUGUCUAGGGAUCGUCCGGGUUGAGUGUACGGCUUCUGUUACGGCUAGACGUCCAAUCGUCUCCCAAUUUAAAACCACUAUCGCUAGAGUGCCGAACGGAGAACGGUGCAAGAAUCGUCGCGUUGUGGGGCAAGUCAGAAUGAGGCCCCGUGUUUACGCACUCGCGAUCAUUCUGGGCUCUGCAUCAAUCGCCCAGGCCGCUGCAUACAACCGACGCCAGGAAGCUCCCGCCGACACCCCGAAUCUUGCCGAUGGCUUCAUGAGCAUGUUUAACCGCCUGGGAGCUGGCGCCCAGACGGUCACGGAAACGCAAACCAUCACGGUUGGGGGAGAUGGAGGCUCGGGCGUGGCGGCGAAUGCGACGGCGGUUACCGUGACCGUCACGGCCGCAGCUUCAACUGUCACUGCCUGCCCGGGCUUGGCCAACGGCGCGGUGGAGGGAGUUGAGGGCGGUGGAUCAGCAUCAGCGGCGCCGGCUGGGGACGCGGGUUCGGGAGCGGCACCUCCAGUGGUUGUUGCUAGCGGAGGCGUUGGUGUCACGGUGAUUCCGGUCCCGGACGAUGCCCGCAAGACCAGCGAAGCUGGGAGCCCACCGGCAGUCACUCCGCCAGCAGAUCCCGCAGUCACUCCGCCAUCAGAUCCCGCAGCAACUCCCCCAGCGGAUCCGCCCGCGGACACACCAGCCGCGUCUUCUGAUCCUGCGGGUGCGAGUUCGUCUCUCGCGCCGUUGCCGAGCCAGGGAGGAGCGGACCAACCGGAACUCGUCCCACCCCCAGGGCUCUCCGACACGCCCGACACGCCAUCCUCGACUCCGCUCGCACCUCUCCCGUCUUCCCAGCCGCCCCCAGCGGCCGCGGACCCGUCGGCCGUGCCCAUCGUCGGCGCGCCCGUAUCCGAUAGCUCGGCCGUCGACGACUCAGCCACGUCGUUGGCUCCUCCGCCGGGCCCCGCCAGCUCGCUGACCGACACGCUCGUCCUCCCCAGCACGGUCAACGCCCCGGUCGCCACGCCGGCCACGAACCCCGAGGGCGCCUUCGGCGGCGUGGCGGGCCUGAUCCCGAUGGAGUCGGCCAUGAUCGUCACGCCGACCCCGACCACGCCGGGCGUCGCCAACGGCGCCGGCGCCGGCCCCACCAUAGUUGUCUCGGGCCUGACCCUGUCGAGCCAGCUGAACCUCGGGAAUCUGGUCCAGCAGACUGCCUCGCCGAUCGCGUAGGUGGUCGGGUGUAUGCUGGCGUGAUGGGGAAAAAAGAGAAGGAUGGA